AUGGAAACAGAAGAUUCGACUUCCUCUCUAUCGUCGGCCGAUGUCUCUACUGCAUUUCCGGCGGCAUCUGUGUUGUGCAAGUUUGAUGUUGCGGCACUACGUCGAGACUUCGACCGACUUAGUGUUGACGAUUUAACUGCGUUAGCCAGCUUCCCGGCAGAACCUCAUGAACUGAUCGGUCGUAUCGUGGCAGUCACGCAUUGUUUGCUUCUUUCACUGGCAUCAGAACAUACCAAACUUGAACUCCGUGCUCCGCCUUGGCCAUUACUGCGACUUCAAUUGCUGGACAACACAGCCAAAAUAUGGAGGAAAUUGCGAAAGCGAGCAUGGCAACUGGAGGCAGGAUCCAAGUUACUGUCCCCAGCACAGAUCCAUUUCGGAUGCACAGAACUGGUUCCUUUCAUUCUACCGCCCAAACCUGGGAAUCAUCGCUCUUAUACAUCUUGGCAACUUGAACGAGUAGCACAAGUCAGCACGAUCGCAGCGUCACUCGGUGCUUGGGGGAUAUUUUGUCUUUGUUGCUGCGUAUUGCCCAAGUCGUCGAGGCUCCGUCUUCAACCAUCUCUCGAAAUUAAAGAUCAAGACGUACCGCUUUCAGGUAUCACAUCUUUAACCAGGGUUAAGAAAAAUAAUGUGGGGGUGAAAUUAGGGUCGAUUCCGGUGCACAAUCGCUGUCUGCAGUCUUCCAGACGCAUCGGUGUCAAGGUUGGUGGUCGAUUUCUGCUUUGUUACACUCGGUUCCCAGCAUAUUCAAGCUCUCAUACCAUUAAUCCUUUCGAGACUUUUGGCGAAUGGUCCACUUACUGCCUUGAACGUAAUCGUACUGGACGAACGCUUUACUCCCUAAACGACACUUCGUGGUGCAAGCCUCUUCAUGCGAUCGAGACUGAACUACCGCAGAAGACUCAGCCCGUAGCACUAUGCUACAUGCCUCCGCUUGCUCAGCAGUCACUGCUGCUCCAACUGGGAUUUCACGAGCACGUAUUUGAACGGCCUGCACAAGAAUUCCCAUACAUCAAGAGACUGCAACCGGUUUUACCUACUUUUACACUGAAACUUGCCGUCAUUUCGAUCGACUCCACUUCGCAACUUACACUUGUAGGCAUUGGAAAUGUCUGGAUCACAAUGAAAACAACAGUGGCUGAUCUACGCAGUCAAGUAACUCCGUCUAUCAGUUCACAUCUACUUCAAGUAUUUAGCAAUGUCGAUACUCAAGGCAACUUCCGAUUCAUAUAUCGAGGCUCAAUCCUUGCAGUCUCACAAGAACGGUACCUCGCUGCACUAACACUGCUACCAUUUACUCUUCUUGUAGUAGCAAGCAACUUUCACGCCAAGGAGAUCCGCCGACAUAGUUGUUCAUCACAGUUCUGGCGUCACCACUGUGAGGUCUCUCAAAGCCUCGUCAAUGCAGGACUACCCGAUCAUAUUUCGAAUCUCCAAGCUCCUGGAUCAUCGAUCACUAUUCCCAUGGAACCACAAAUUUAUGCUAUGCACCAGCCACUUGAAAUAUCGACAACCUCACACAUUGUUGAAAUAUUCACACAUUGGCAAGCAUUCGUGUGCUUCCAGCAACUGCAAGACUCAUCAGUCCUCUUCCAGCUACCUCAGCGGACGAAAAAGCAUGUAAAAUCACUGAGUAAACCGCCAAGACAUCGUCAGAAGGAGCAAGAUGAUGAUCGAGAUGAAAGUAUACCGUAUGGUCCGCAGCCUCAGCAACUCCCUCGAAAGAAAUUCAACAGCAACAAGGAGUGGUUGAUGCCACUGUACGCUGUCGUCGACGUUAAAUCCCCUAUAACAGCAGUACUGAAGACUCCGUUCCGUCAAGACGUAGAGAACACUCUUGAAGCUCCAUGUCGCCUCGUCAUGGCCGAAGAACCAAACGUUAUUCACUUCACACGCAUCAACUUCGUGACCGCCGAGCAUGACGAGUCUGGAGUCCCCCACGCCGUGUUCGAAAUCGCUUUCUUACGUGAUGAAUCCUGUCCACUGGAGUCAUUUGUAACACUGACAAAUGCGUACGUCUGGCGCAUCACACCGCGAAAAGCCCAUACCAACCGAGAGAUCUCAGCACUACCCACUAAAUGGAUGUUGGAUCUGUAUCGAUUCGUCCAACAUCCAACGUAUGAUUUCCAGUCACCAAUGUGCCAGCUACGUACUUUCUUCCGCGUAAAAGUCCCCUGGGUCUCCGCAGAGCGUGCCAUUGAAGCUGCAUUCUGGAGUAAAGACGUUGACUGGACGCCUUCAGUGAGCUCCACCGACUUGUACUCGGUAAUUCUCCGUCCAAUCUUCGACACGCUAUGUCGAUCACACCCUCCGGCAUUCGGCGUGGACAGCGUGAAAUUCAGUAAACUAUUGUAUGAAACCAACAUCCAACCCAAGUUGUUGAGUAUUGGCGACGCUGCUUUCCUCUUCGCUAGCAAGACCACACCAGGGUUCAACGAAAUGGAUUUCAACGGCUUCGUACGUGCUAUCGAGUGGCUUGCUCAGCAGUUCUACAGCGAUAAUACGAAAACUAGAACGAAGCCUGGAAUUCAACACACGAUGUUGCUGUGGCGAAGAGAGAACGCUCGUGGCUUGCAAGACUCUUUACGACGAUUCUGCUUCGAAACUCUGGUCCAUUUGCCCUGUUUGGCAUCCAUUUGGCACGAAAUAAUGGAGUCUUGGCGGAUCGAACGCAAGCAACAGCUCUUGCAAGAGUAUGCGCUAAAGUACUGCGCUGCCACUCGACUGCGUGCCAACUGGAUCGGCUUCGUCACUUGGAGAAUAUACUUGAGACGGCGACAACGAAUGAAGGAGGAGCGUAUGGCCGCUACCGAAAUCCAGAGUCUCGUUCGUGGACGGAAACAAUAUCUGGAAUAUCAGCGUGUACGUCAAAUUGUCGUUCGAACGCAGCGUAGAGUUCAUGCUCGGUCAGAAUUGCGACGUCUUCGUGUAGAGAGGAAAAUCUUCAUUGACCGCAUGAGGCUUCGCUUAGUAAAGUGGACGCGCCACCACCUUUGGAUCCUGAGUGCGUGGAAGCGAGUGAACGCAGUAAGAGCUGCAAGACGUGACCGAAUCCGUGAAAAGAGAUCACGACGAAUUGGCGUUGCGAUUUUUCCAUUGGAUACUCGGCGUCUACGCUUCUCGCUUUAUCGUGCCAAGCCCGUUGCUUCGAAAGACCCUGAAAAACAAGCAGACAGUUUCGAGAUGAGCAGUACAAAAGCUGCAGAGUAUGAACUUGAAGUCGUCGACCCCGCUCGAUCCUGGUGUCACGUGUUCUGUGUCUCGCAGCAGGAAAUCGAUCAGUUCAUCUCUGAAGAAACUGAACGACAAUCAUUGCAGCUCCAGCUGGGAUUCACAACGGCGGCCUUGGCUGAGAAACAGGCUUCGAGUUCAGUCACUCCACAGGUGCAAACUAAGCAAGUAAAAGCUGCCGUCGUGAGAGAUUCGGUUCCAUAUCCGGUGUUGAAGCCGAAUAUAAUGCUACUGGCACUCGCACGGAGACUGUUCAUACUCAAUGGGAUGCAGCAAAGCUUGCGCUGCUACACUGAUCCGAGUGAUACCUCACAGGGAAAGGUCAUCUUCAAAGGAGCUGUUCGGUCUGAACUAGUUCAGGAUAACGAGGUGGCCGUACAGCGCCAUAUUAUACAUGUUCUGGAGUGGGUGGGGACAUUCAAACUUCUUACAUACACACCCGCCACGUCCAUUAAACGCCGAUACGAUCUCGAUGCUGCAUUUAUACUCAUGGUUCUCGAGUUUUCACGUUUCCAAUCCAUGCGCUUGAGAAUCAAUGAAGACGAAGAAGCUAUAGCUGAGGAUAGCGACAAGCAGUCGCUACGGACUGGUGAUGAGCAGCAGUUCAUUCCUCACCAAAUCCAUCGUAUCUUGACCGGCCCCCACAAGCUCCUCGCGUUUCAGUGUAUCAUCAGCUACGUCCUGAAGUAUGGCGUGCGUACACCAACUUAUUCCAUGAUGCCUCACGUGAUUGCGGAGCGCGAGCGACAACGAGAAGAACAGGAGUCGAGGCAGCGAGAUGCUGUGAUUAACCUUGAGCGGAAGCUGGUUGUGAAGAUUCAGUCACGCUUCAGACAACAUCUCGCGAGGAAAAUUCGUCUUCAGCUCGCAUUGACAGCAUAUUUCAAGCAAUUUGAUCGAGAGCGUGGUCGGUUCGUUUACGUUUUCCAGUAUCUACAAGGUGAACGCAUCGUCUUGGAGCAAAAGCCCUUUAGUCUCUUUGAUCAGGACGUACCAUUACCACCAGACGAGUGGCAACUCGUGGACAACAACGUGCAAUUCUUUAAUCCACGACGCGGAAUCUGCAGUCGAUUCAACGAUAACCUUGCCGCAACUGUAAUUCAGCGCUGGUAUCGUAAGAAGAUGUGGCACGGGAUGAACAAAUGGAGCUUGCGCGACCUGGCGAGUGCUCUGCGCUAUCAUGAUAGCACGCAGAAACCCUUGAACAUGACUGAUCCUGGACAGCUUGAGAAUAUAAAGCUUCACGCUCUCCAACUACACGUUCUGAAGCAUCAGUAUAAAGAAGCUUACCCCGUGUACGAGGCUGCACUGAAACUUUCACCCAGAGAUCCUCAAACGCUUGUUUGCUUGGCAUUGUUGCUCGUCAUUUCGUGUCGUUAUCCGGCGGCAAAGUCGUGGCAGUGUGCAAUGACACUUCUCCAACAAGCUCGCGAUACAGAUGACGAUUUAACCAGCACGUUACACGACAUCGAGCUAUACUUCUUCCGGUGGGCUCUUCUUCUCCAACCGAAAAACUCUCAGACCAUUGCGAACUACGCCGUGUAUCUCCAGUGCGUCCACCUUGACAUCGACAAGGCUGAGCUUCUCUAUCGUCGAGCACUGGACUUGGAUCCAACCAACGAUCUGAUCGUCACAAAUUUUCAGCGUCUGCAGUCCGAGCGAGCUCCAGGUCGAUUGUACGGAUUUGCUGGACCAGGAGCAACCACACUCGCACGUUCAUCGGAGAUUCGUCGCUGCGGGUCAUGGCGAGAGAUGGAAGAUCCUGAAGCACAGUCGCUAAUGCCAACGCGGUUCUUCCACAGCCUUCGCACUGGUAAGUGCACGUGGGAGCGUCCAAUAGAGAAAGACAAUCCAGUGGAAUGCUUGCUAGACAGGACACAAAUUGUUAGUUCUCUCACCGACACGUACCCAUGA